CAGUUGCAUAACAAAGAUACAUUAAUGAAAAGCAAAACACAAUUGUUUGAAUUUUAAUAAAAAAAUUUUAAAGUAUUUGAAAGCAGAGAAAAUAACCAACAGGAAUAACAAUGGUGCGCAGCAUAUUUUCCCAGCGUUAUAAUUAUGCAAAAAUACGAGUAAAUGAAGCAUUGGAUGAUGUUUUCCGGCGCUUAGCAAUUUUUCCCAAAAUCACCAAACUUCCACGUUUGAAGCGCACCUAUUACAUUGCUACACCCAAGCCCAUAAACGAGAAAAAGAAAGCUAAAACCAAAAUUAAGGAGAAAAAGCUUUUAAGAUCCUCAGAUUGGUAUGACAGUGAUUCAAUACCCAUGAUUACCAGACUAGAAUUGGAAAUGAUUUUGGAUGUGCCCUUAAUGGAACGUCAUACGGAAGAAAACUCCAAAGGUAUUUUCAGUCAUGUGUAUUGGAAAACUCAAGAAGAAGUGACAACAGAAAAUGAGGAAAUUCAAGUAAAUUCAUGUGCAGAAAACACCAUAAAGCAACAACAAAAUGUUGCAACUGUAGAAAGCAGUGAAAUAUCAAAAAACUUGAGUGCAACUAAAGAAUUUUUUAUUAAAACUCUUUUGCCCCAACUCCCCAGCACUUCUACACAAUUGCCAGUAUUACCUCUAGAACCUCAACCAGUUAUUUUAACGGCAACCUCUACAGCGAUCUCUCAUGCAGCUUCAUCCUCGGCUAGCAACAAUGAAAUGACAGAUUUUGAAUUUGUCGUACCCGAACUUAAGAAACGACGACGCGGCAAGCAUUUGGAAAAGAAUUACGAGUGUGAACAGUGUCACAAAAAAUUCGAUCGUCCCUGGGUGUUGCAUGGCCAUAUGCGUUUACAUACGGGAGAGAAACCGUUUGUAUGUCCCAUACAAUCCUGCCAGAAGAAAUUUGCCGAUAGAUCAAAUUUGAGAGCUCAUCAACGUACUAAGGGCCACCAUAAUUGGAGUUAUCACUGUCCUCAGUGCACAAAAGCUUUUAGCCAGGAAAACUACUUGAGUCGUCAUAGUUUGGAGGCUUGUCGAAAAUUUUUAGCGGCCCAUAAAAAUGUUUUAUAAUUUACUAAUUUUAUUUGUUUAAAUUUAUUUUGCUUUAAAUAAAUAUUUUUUAAUUGGUUUA